AUGGUGAACAUUCCGAAGACGAGAAAUACAUUCUGCAAGAAGUGCAGUAACUAUUCCACUCACAAAGUCUCUCAAGCCAAGAAAUCUAAGGACAAUCCGAGGGCACAGGGAAACAGAAGGUAUGCUAGAAAGCAAAGGGGUUAUGGUGGACAGACAAAGCCGAUUCUCCGAAGAAAGGCAAAGGUCACCAAAAAGCUUGUACUAAAGCUGGAAUGCACGAAAUGCAAGUUUGCCCAUCAGAAGCCUUUGAAGAGAGCCAAGCAUGUGAUAUUUGGUGGAGAAAAGAAGAGAAGAGGAGAAGCAUUGAUCUAUUAA